CCGCACCAUGGGGGCCGCCAUCUUGGAGCGUACCAAAUGGACCGCCGCCCCGGGGGUCAGGCACAGAGAAGGCGGGACAGAGCCCGCCUCCGCCGGAAGUGGACGGACCACCUUGGGCGGUCCCCCCUGGCCGGGGUCCCGCAGUUGGUGCAGCCCGGCCCGGAACAAUAUGGCUACGGUAUUUCGGCCCUUGGAACACCUGCGGGUACCGCAUCGUUCGCUGCAUCCCGGGGUGACAGGCUCAGGCUCCGCCUGCUGCCGCUGCACUCUCGGAGCUAAAAGAUACCUACUCACAGAUAACAUUGUGAAAUUAAAGGAAUUUCAACAUAAAAAGAUGGUUAUUGCAUAUAACCUCCCUGGCACCAAAGAAAUCUAUUUCAGAAACAUGGAGGAGAAGUUGACCCAGAACAAACUCAUCCUGAGGGAGGAGCUGAAAACGCUGCUGCACUUGUGCCAGUCCUCAGAAGACGUGCGACUGGCCAAAGCCGUCAUUUACAGGUACCAUACAGAAAACAGAAAUUUCACGUUGGGAGAGUAUAAGUUCGGACCCGUUUUCAUGAGGCUGUGCUACGAGUUGGACCUUGAGGACUCUGCAAUGGAGCUCAUCAGAGACAAGCAUCUACAAGGUUUCUUCGUAGACUCCACGUCAUUCAAUAUUUUGAUGGAUAUGUUAUUUACCAAAGGCAAAUAUGAAAGUGCGCUGCAAGUGCUGAUUGAAAUGAAAAACCAAGAUGUGAAGUUCAGCAAAGACACCUAUGUCCUCGCUUUUGCAAUCUGCUACAAACUGAACAGCCCGGAAUCACUUAAAAUCUGUACUACCUUAAGAGAAGAAGCCCUAAUAAAGGGAGACGUUAUCUCCAGGAGAGCAUCCUGUUUUGCAGUGGCGUUAGCUCUGAAUCAGAACCAGUUGGAAAAAGCUAUGUCCAUUUUUUCUCAAAUCAUGAAUCCAGAAAGCAUAACGUGUACCAACUUAAAUAUCUUAAUCCACAUCCAGUCGAAUAUGUUGGAAAGCCUGUUAAAGAUCUUACAGGAUGCUCUUGAUCCAAAUUUAUCGAAAUUUGUAAGAAGACACACGUUCUCAGAGGAAGUGCUGGCCAAAACGAGAGAAAAAUUGAAGGGCCGUCCUACACUCAUAGCCAGAUUUGAUGAGGUCUAUGGGAAGCUGCACAUAAACGGUCAAAUCACCAUUUACACUUUGGAUGCUCUGCUCUGUCAUGUCCCCCGGGACAAGAGAUCUAACACAUUGCUGUUAAAGAAGAGGGCUGUCAGCCAUCGGACCUUACAACCUCUCAGCCGGUCCCUCCUGACGGAGUAACUGUUUUCCAUCUCCCUGGCGUGAGGAGCUGCUCCCUCACGUGAAUUCGUGGCUUCUCCAAGCAGCCAUCUUACUUCAGUGGCGCUGUGCUGACACUUGGUCUCCCUAAGACCCCUGAGUGAUGCUGUGCUGAGCAGAGAAAUAUGUCGCUCGAGCAGGGGAAGCUCCACAGAAAGGCAGCCACCACGUGUCAGACACUCCAAAGUAAGGCUCACAGCCACUCCUGUGGCUCAGCAGCGUGGACUCAGAAGUACCACAUAGGAAUUUCAACCUUACUGACCCUUCACGGCAGAGGGGAGUUUGGGGAGAGGCAUCCUGAUGAGCUCGGGAGAUCUGGAACCCUCGUCUGCCGUCUCUGGAAAUGGCCAAGGCCUGUCUCAGGCCUGCUGUCAUCUGUCUGUGAAGUAAUGCUGCCUCUGUGUGCGUUUCCAGUCGCGGGCCAGGAGAGUCGGACUUUCUCUGACAUAAUAAAGGUACCCGCACAGA